UUCUUAUUCUCUUGUUCCAUCACCAUCAUUGAAUUGCAAAAGAAUCAUGUCUCUGAAUACGUCCAAUGUGACCUCACGUUUGUCACGAUUUACAACCUUCCCUGCUGCAGUACUCUCAACCGCUUUAGCACUCUACCUCGGCUACAAGGCAUUUCAAUUGCUAGAAGCUCGACAGCGUCAGAAGCAAAGGGCCUUGGAGCCAUCACCAACUAGUCCAGUUCUUGUCGACCAUUUCCAAUUCGUCAAAGUGAAUGGAAAGCAAUUAAGGAUAGUUCAUAUUCCUCAUGAACUUGGGUCUAAAGUGCCACUGUUAGUUUUUAUACACGGUGUUGGGGGGCAGCUUGAGCAGUUUGAGAGACAAAUCGAGUAUUUUAGCCAUAGCACGCAUAUUCUUGCUGUUGAUAUGUGUGGAUACGGCGCAAGCGAUGUUCCGGAUAGUUAUAAGCAUUAUACCACAGAUGCCUAUGUAGAAGACAUUGUCACCUUACUACAACGUUACAAGAGCCAAGACACAGUCCUGAUCUGUCAUUCGUAUGGCUGCGGGGUUGGAACACACCUCUACUCACGCCUAGAAACUUCUGAAGCACUCUACAACUCCAUUAAAGCAAUGGUUAUGAUUGCCCCCAAAGCAAUGAUCACAGAUCACGAGCUUAAGGCUCGCGAACAGCUCCGGCGAACGCCGGAUUGGGCGAUUGAUCUUGCAAGAAGACUUGAUAGGAUAGGAGGUAUUCAUUCUAAAAGUGUGAACAGGUUGCUUCAUACGAGCGCAGGGGAAGAUCUGCGACGAAAACAAUUUAGAUGGAACAAAGCCUCUAGGACAUUUGUCUUGAGGAGAAUCCUUCUAGGCGCACGAUGGCCAACCCCUGAUGAUUUUCGGCGGAUUCAAUGCCCAUUGUUGCUAAUGGCGGGAGACGAUGACCGAGUUUGCCCUAUUGCCAACGUGGAGCAGAUCUUCAGAUGGUGUCAAGAUACCAAUGAGCGGAUAAAACUUCCUUUCAUUAUUCCAAAGGCAGGACAUCAAGUGAUGUUGGAGAAAUGGGAGCUUGUUACACCAAUUAUCAGUAAUUUUCUAAUUAAGGACUGUGGCAUGACGACAAUGGAUCCUUCCUGGCAGAUCACCCGAAAAUGUCAGAAAGAGAACAAAUGGAGUUUAAAAAACACAGAAAAGUGGAUGAAUACACCGGCUAUAUCGUCACCUAUUGGUAGAAGAUCCGGAAAAUUCAGAGCAAUGAAGGUCUUGCGACAGACAGACCCCGAUCACUCUCCUUCUGCCUUCUUAGCCAGACAUCCCGAAGUGGGCUUCAUCGUAGAUAUCUCGAAAGACGAACCACCGUACCGAACAACAGAUUUUGAAGCAACAUCAAUCACGUACACCAAGCUUCCGACCAUAAGCAAAAUUCCACCUUCUAAAGCUGAUGUCGAGCGCUUCAUAUCUCACUGCAAAUCUUGCUGGAAAGAAAAGCCAGGCGUAGACAUCGCUGUGCAUUGUCACUAUGGGUUCAAUCGAACAGGAUUUUUUAUCUGUUGCUUCUUGAUUGAAGAGCAAGGAUAUACAGUAGCAGAAGCACUCCAUCACUUCGAGCUCUCUCGACCGCCCCGUGGUAUCAGACAUGACCAUUUUAAAGGUGAACUCUACCUUCGUUAUGAACCACCAAUGCAGCUAAAAUCAUAGUCAAG